UGUGUGUGUGUGAGAGCGCUCUCUCUUUCUCUCUCUCUCUCCCACCCCCUGUUUUGCUCUCACAGGUUGCUCCGCCCAAAUUCGACGUGCUGCACCGGGAUUGGAGAGGAGAAGAUUGGUUGUUGAUUUAAAAGGCCGCCACUGUAUGAGGAACAGAGACACAAAGAAACGACACGCAUUCAACAAAACUCUUCAUACAGGACACAAGAACGUCACAGUUCAUGGAGUUCUUCAGUUCUUCAGGAGUCAUGAGGUUUGUUCUAGCCUUUGCCCUCGCUCUUCACUCAGUGCCACUGAGAUGUACAGCAGAUCCAGCUCCAGUGUGUCAGCCACACUCUACAUGCUCUGAGUGUUUGAAGAGUCCAGGAUGUGCGUGGUGCAAGCAGCUGGAUUUCCUGAAUUCUGGAGACUCGGACGAACGUAGAUGCGACUCUGCUGAGUCCCUGAAGAUGAGGAAGUGCAAGAGAAAACAUGUGAUCGAUCCCAAACCCGACACCAUCACCAUGAAGGACAACGACCUGAACAGCGACCCCUUAAAUGUGGUUCAGCUUAAACCACAGAGUCUGAAAGUCCAACUCAGAGUCGGUGUGCCACAGGAAUUUAAGGUGGAAUUUAAGAGGGCUGAGGGUUACCCUAUAGACCUGUACUAUCUGAUGGACCUGAGCUACUCCAUGAAGGACGACCUGGAGAAGAUUAAGACCCUCGGACAGGACAUUCUAAACAAACUGCAGACAGUCACGAAGACUGUUCGCAUCGGUUUUGGCUCGUUUGUUGACAAGGAGAAACUACCAUAUGUUAGCCAGUCCAAGGCCAGGAGACAGAACCCCUGUCCCACCCGCACAGACACCUGCCAGCCCGCCUUCACCUUUCACAACGUUCUGUCACUGACCAAUGAUGCCAAUGAAUUUAAAAAAGAAGUUAGUAAGCAGAAGAUCUCUGGUAACCUGGACUCACCUGAAGCUGGUUUAGAUGCUAUCAUGCAGGCUGCCGUGUGCCAGAAAACCAUCGGCUGGGGGAAUGUGACUCGGAUUCUGGUCUACACCUCUGAUGACACCUUUCACAUGGCAGGAGACGGUCGACUUGCUGGAAUAUUUACGCCACAUGAUGGAAUGUGUCAUCUUCAGUCUGACGGUUCUUAUGAUGGCACACUGUUUGAUUAUCCGUCAGUAGGACAUCUCUCCCAGGUCCUGCAAGCGAAUAACAUUCAGCUGAUAUUUGCAGUGACAGAAAACAGCUUUCCAGCCUAUCAGGCGCUGAGUGCGUUAAUUCCGCAGUCGGUGGUUGGUGUGCUGAAGGAUGACUCUAGUAACGUGGUCCAGCUGAUCUCAGAGGCUUAUGGGAACUUGUCCUCCACCCUGCUGUUGGAGCACAGCAUGACUCUGCCGGGGCUCCAUGUGGCCUACAAGUCUAACUGCAGUGCUCAGGCAAACAGAACGUGGCAGCACCGAGGAGAGUGUACUGGCAUCCGAGACGAGAAGGUUUUCUUCACUGUGCGUCUGACCGCCUCUGAAUGUCUGGCUGAAUCUAAGACAUUUGAGAUCCAAAUGAAGGGCAUUAAUGAGUUUCUGAAGAUUACCGUGGAAACGCUAUGUGACUGUCAGUGUGGUCCUGAGGAGAAGAACCACACACACUGUACAGGCAACGGAACACUCAGCUGUGGAGUCUGCAGGUGUAAUAAAGGUUACUUAGGUCAGCAUUGUAAUUGUAAGAGUACGAGUGACAGUGCCAUGCGCAUGUCCUGUCGCCGUGACAACAGCUCUCAGGAGUGCAGCAGUCAUGGUGUGUGUGAGUGUGGUCGGUGUGUGUGCAGCAGACAUUUCAGAGGGGAUUACUGCGAGUGUGACAGUACCAGCUGUGAACGCGUCAACAACAAGAUUUGCAAUGACAAAGGCACCUGUAACUGUGGUAAGUGUGAGUGUGAUGAUAACUACACUGGCUCGGCGUGUGAAUGUUCCAAAGACACGAGCAUGUGUUUUCAGAAAAACAAGAAGUUCUGUAGCGGUCAGGGCGAAUGUAAGUGUAACCGCUGUGAGUGUAACGCCGACUUCGUGGGACUCGACUGCUCUCAGAUCACUAAUCCAUGCCAGAAAUAUCAACCCUGUAUGGCCUGUAUACACUCGCAGAUCAACUGCUCGAGGGAGUGUAUGUCCGUUCAGUGGAUCCAGAAGGAAGGCUAUCACACGCUGCAGUGUGUACACACAACUAUCAGCUACGAUGUGAAUCUGGAUGAUCAAGGCAAUGUGCUGAUCACGUUUGCUGAUUUACCACGUACUGUUGAUAAAACCAAAGUGAUCAUCAGCGCCAGCGUUUCAGGCAUCAUCUUCAUCGGCAUCCUCAUCAUCCUCAUCUACAAAUUCCUGCUGCAGCUUUAUGACCGCAGAGAAUACAACAACUUCAUCAAAGCUCAGGAGAACACCAAGUGGGAUGAGGGACACAAUCCUCUGUACAAGGGAGCCACUACUACAGUGUUAAACCCUCUGCACAUUCAGGACAACUAAACACCAACUUCAGAACCGGAGAACAUCCGUGUAAACAAACUCUCUGUGUGUAGAGUAUGUUCUUUACAUUCUGCUGAGUGUAUAAAUUUAUAUAUUUGUUAUAUUGAAGAAAGUGUCAGUUGUAAAUAUUUAAAGACGUAAGGUGUAAUAUAAUCGACUUGUUACAUGUUCUUUUAUAUAAUUUAAAUAAUGUAAACACCUUACUACUGAUAUCUAGAGAGAUUUUUAAACUGCCAGCCAACACUCUUAAGGUUCCUCAGUGGUUGUUUGGGUCAUUAAAAUGAAGACUCUCUGAUUUAGGGUUCUACACAGAACCUUUAAACCUAAAUGAAAAACGCUUUUCUGUUCUAGAUUUAACUUUAUUUUCUGUGUAUAUAUGAUUUUAUAGAAAGUUUUCUUCUGUGAUAUUUCAUGGAAAUUGAAGUAUAGUUCUUUUUAUAAUUCUCUAUUCUUGUAUAAUUUUCUUCUUAGACUAAAAUGAUAUUUUAAUGCAAGUCUUCCUCUUCUUCUUCAUUUUCUUCUACUUCUUCUUCUUCUUCUUCUGAUAUUGAUAUGGAUUGAAUUUGAGCAUCAAACCACACAGUGAUGUUGAUGUGCAGUCCAGUGGUCUACUCAGGGUUCUGUGAGAUGGAACUUGGGACCUCGUUUUUUUUUGUUAUGGAAUAUAUCACCUAUCACUAUUAAAGUUAUUGUAUUUAU